UCUCCCUCACUGGUCACUAGUAAUAACGUGCGCCACGAGCUUCCCUUCCCAUAUCUUCUAGUAAACAAAACUCUCCCAAUCAUCAUCAUCAUCAUCAUCACGACCAAGAUUCAUCCAACGGAGGAGAGCAGAGAUCUUGGGAGAUGGCCGGAACAUCAGCGGCUCUCGCGUCCCAUCACCAUCUGCAGCUCAACUGCUGCUGCUUUCGUCCUCUCCAUUCCCAAAGCCGAAUCCGGAACUCUCUAAAUUUCGGUAACAGACCGGUUUUUCGGGUUUCGGAACUAGAGACGAAGACGAGGAGGAGGAAGAAGAAGAGUAUCGUGUGCUUUGCAGCUGUCGAGGGUGAAAAAGAGCAGAAUCAGCAGCAGCAGAUUUUGGGCGCUGUUGCAUCAGCUGUUGAAGAGAGGCCGCCUGGCACGGCAGAUAACUCACAAGAAGGCGUUGCAGAUAAGUUGCAAGAAGUGGCUUUGCAGAAUGGUGAAGAACAGUUAGGAGAGAGUCCUGUCUAUAAUUUCCUUUAUCCAAGUAAAGAACUUCUCCCGGACGAUAAGGAGAUGAGCAUAUUUGAUCAUUUAGAGGAGCUGCGCCAGAGAUUAUUCGUGUCAGUUUUGGCAGUGGGAGCAACCAUGUUGGGCUGCUUUGCUUUUUCUAAAGAAUUGGUUAUUCUCCUCGAAGCUCCUGUUAGCUCACAGGGGGUUCGCUUUCUACAAUUAUCCCCUGGGGAGUUCUUCUUUACAACUUUGAAGGUAUCUGGAUACUGUGGGCUUCUUCUGGGGAGCCCAGUCAUUCUUUACGAGAUCAUAGCCUUUGUUGUCCCUGGUCUAACAAGAGAUGAAAGAAGGUUCCUAGGGCCAAUCGUCUUGGGCUCUUCAGUGCUCUUUUAUACUGGUAUCUUCUUCUCGUAUUCAGUUCUCACUCCGGCGGCCUUGAGUUUCUUUGUUAGCUAUGCAGAAGGGGCUGUGGAAUCGUUAUGGUCAAUUGAUCAGUACUUUGAAUUUGUACUUGUGCUAAUGUUCAGCACUGGCUUGUCAUUCCAGGUUCCAGUCAUACAACUUCUAUUGGGACAAGUCGGUUUAGUGUCUGGAGACCAAAUGCUGUCGAUCUGGAGAUAUGUCGUGGUUGGUGCUGUCGUGGCAGCAGCGAUCCUUACACCAUCAACUGACCCUCUGACCCAGGUACUGUUGGCGGGGCCUCUGCUGGGUCUGUACUUAGGUGGGGCGUGGACGGUGAAGCUACUAGGCCGUUGAGCAAUGCACAACAUGCAUGGUCGGAUUUCAUGGGCCAGUUAUGUGGUUAAUAUCAUGCAUUUUUUUUGUAUACCAUGAAUGUCCUUGACCAACCACAUAUUGCAUGGUCUUUUUGCACAGCCUGUUACAAAUACAAUGAUGAUGUACCAUAUACACAAGAAAGAGCUGAGUCGAAGAUUGUUAUACUUUUUUUUUUUUCAUCAAGAAAGAAGUAAUCGCCCCUUAAAUCUUAUGUAAGAAAUGUUAUCCUUUUUGUACUGAAUUCCACCCCCCUCUCUACUGCAUUUGAUUAUCUUCCUGGGCAUCGAUUCAUGCUGCUGAUAAAAGAGAGUGAACAUUUGGAUUGGAUAUGAUGAUUAUCAUUGUUAAUUCAUGUAAUGGUGUAUCUCCAAUUUGUAAUAAUUUGGUAAUUAUAUGGAUUAGCUAGGUGGUUUGGGCAGGUGAA